AUGGUUGGAGUUUCGUUCAAACGGUUUCGUGUGAACAAUUUCGUAACAGUUUUGUUCAAAUUUUUAGUGCACGGAUCAACGGAAUCAUUCGAACAGCACAUCGAGAACUCUCGAAAAAAGCAUCCAAAAAAGUUAUUGGAAGUUGUAGAAAAGGUCUGUCGAGACAGCCAUAAAUUUUGCAAAUUUUGGGCUUCCAUUGGUGAGUGCACCGCAAACAAGAAGUGGAUGGAGUCAAAUUGUCCACUUGCUUGCAAUAAAUGUAAAACUUGCAUUGAUAAACAUGCCUUCUGUACCUUUUGGUCAUCGACAGGUGAAUGUGAAACGAAUGCUGUUUGGAUGCAUACUAAUUGCGCUCGAUCGUGCAUGAUCUGCAAUGGUACUCAUUUGAAAAUGGAAGACUGCCCUUUUGUCAUGACCAAUGAAGACACAUCUACCCGUCGUACCAUGUCAAUCAUUGAUGUGCGUAAAAAUAAUGCUCAGUUUGGAUGUGUGUCACGCCUAAGUCACAAUGACUGCAAAAAGAAUUUAUGCUAUCAUCUUAGGUUUCGCACUUUUGAUGGAUCUUGUAAUAAUUUGCAUCUACCACAAAAUGGCGCUGCUUUUUCACCUUACACUCGCCUUCAAUCACCUCAAUAUGAUAACGGCAUUGAUGCGCCAAUAUCUUCUAUAAAAAAUACAAGGCCUACAGCUCGAGAAACUUCGCGUUUAAUGCUAACGUCAAACACUCAGGUGACAAGCCACUCAAAUGCCUUACUGAUGCAGUGGGGUCAAUUUAUUAGUCACGAUAUGGCAAAAACAACUGCCAUGAACAAUCAAGAAUGUGCCACAUGUUCUAGUAACUUCAAGUGCACAAAUGUCUUUUUGUCAAGACAUGAUCCUACCUUCGGACGAUUCCAGUGUUUACCUGUAGCUCGUUCUACUCCUUCAUGUGGUUCCGGACACUCAUCACCUCGUGAGCAGUUCAACGAAAAUACCGCAUAUCUCGAUGCUUCUAUGAUUUAUGGUUCAUCAGAUUUGGACCAAUUCACAUUUCGACAAGGAGCAUUUAUGAAAACUCAUAUUAUUCGGAAUCGAAUUUUUCCUCCUAUUGAUGGCAAUCAAAACAUCGUCGCUGGAGAUGAUCGAGUAAAUCUUUUCAUUGGUUUGGCUGCACUUCAUGUACUCUUCGUUCGAGAGCAUAACAGAAUAGCAUUAAAAUUACAAAAGUUAAAUAAGAACUGGGAUCAUGACCGUAUUUUUCAAGAAACACGACUAAUUAUUGGUGCUAUUAUACAACACAUCACAUACAAGGAAUAUUUACCUCGCAUAUUUGGCAAUAAAUAUUCUGAACUGAUUGGCAGUUACAAAAGUUAUGAUGAAAAUGUUGACGCAACAAUUAGCAAUGAAUUUACAGGAUGCGCAUUUCGUUUUGGGCAUGGAAUGAUACAGGAGUUUUACCCAUUUCUAAAUGAGAGUUUCGAGCAAAUUGGUGGCGUACCAUUUAAUGAUGGCAUGUUCAGAAGUAUUCACGUUCUUGCUCAUGGAACUGACCCAAUUAUUCGAGGAUUAAUUAGCUUACCUGCUAAGCUACCUCAAAGGCUUACUCCUGCAGUAACAGAAAGAAUAUUUGGCAAUUCUGAUCUUGGUUCUAUUAAUAUUCAAAGAGGACGUGACCAUGGAAUUCCUGGUUAUACUGCUUGGAGGAAAUUUUGCAAAAUGCCCGAAGUAAAAACAUUUGAAGAUCUCAAUCACACUAUUCGGAAUCCAAUUCUACGCUCAAAUCUAAAAAUUUUGUAUGGAGAUGUUCAAAACAUUGAUUUAUAUGUUGGUGGUUUAUUAGAAGAUCCCCUAGAAGAUGCAUUCGUUGGACCCACCUUGGCAUGCAUUAUUUCCGAACAGUUCAGAAGACUGCGAGACGGCGAUAGAUUUUAUUACGAGAAUUCAAAAAUUUUGACCGCAGAUCAAAUUAAAGAAAUCAAGAAAUUGAAUCUAGCACGAAUAAUUUGUGAUGCAGGAGAUAAUAUGCGUCAAGUACCACUGAAAGCUUUUGAACAUAGUAGAGCACUUGACAUGGUACUAUGUGAUAAAAUACCCUCUCCUGAUUGGAGCUUUUGGAAAGACGAUCAGAACUAG